AGCCCGAGCCGCUCCCGCCCCGCGCCCCGCCGCGCUCACCGCCCGCCCCUGCCGCGGCUCGGCGGCGCAGGCUCCUCCGGGCGCUUUCGCCCUGGGCUGCUUUUCCCGGCGGCAGCGGGGACCCAGGUGGCUGCAGGAGCUGAAGGCUGAGCCCCUUCUCUCGCCUGAUUUCUGUAUAUUUCCUUUUUCUCACACACGCCGAGGGAGCCGCGGCGCAGGACGCAGGAUGCAGCCCGGCUGCGGCGGGUGCUGAGCGCGGUGGCCGCCGGAGGAAGGAGCGGCUCUGUCAGCGCCUCCGCUCCGCGCGGCGGCGGCUCGGGCGGUCCCUCGCCCCCUUUCCUCGUCGUGGCCACCCGCCCCAAACUUUCAGCCUGUUGUCGCUGCCAGGCGAAGCCCAGCUCGACAUAAAUGGUGGAGGCGAUAGUGGAGUUUGACUACAAAGCUCAACACGAUGAUGAGCUGACAAUCACUGUAGGUGACAUAAUCACCAAUAUCAAGAAAGAUGAUGGAGGCUGGUGGGAAGGACAGCUCAAAGGCAGAAGAGGUUUGUUCCCUGACAACUUUGUAAGAGAAAUAAAGAAAGACAUGAAGAAAGAAAAUACUGCCAACAAACCACCAGAGAAGCCUAUAAAUGAAGUUUCCAAUGGAAGCCCUUUAUUGUUGUCUGAGACAAUUAUUAGAACCAACAAAAAAGGAGAGAGAAGCAGAAGAAGGAGAUGUCAGGUGGCUUUCAGUUACAUGCCUCAAAAUGAAGAUGAAUUGGAAUUAAAAGUUGGUGACAUCAUUGAAGUUGUGGGAGAGGUGGAAGAGGGCUGGUGGGAAGGUAUCCUUAAUGGGAAGACUGGCAUGUUUCCUUCCAACUUCAUAAAGGAGCUCUCUGAUUCUGAUGAUGUUGGAAUAGCACAGGAGGAGCAACUAAAGUCAAGCCUAAAAGAUGCUACAGGCUCUGAGAGUGAUGGUGGUGACUCUUGCAGUACAAAAUCAGAAGGAGCCAAUGGAGGCACGACAAUCCAACCCAAAAAGGUCAAAGGUGUUGGCUUUGGAGAUAUCUUCAAAGACAAACCCAUAAAGCUACGACCAAGGUCAAUAGAAGUUGAAAACGACUUCCUCCCAGUAGAUAAGAAUGUUGGGAAGAAAUUGCCUCCAGCCACAGCAACUCAGGAGCCAACAAAAAUAGAAGUGGACAGCAGAACAAAAAACAAGGAGUAUUGCAAAGUGAUAUUUCCGUACGAAGCACAGAACGACGAUGAACUCACAAUCCGGGAAGGUGAUGUUGUCACACUUAUCAGUAAGGAUUGCAUUGAUGUGGGUUGGUGGGAAGGAGAACUCAAUGGCAGACGAGGUGUCUUUCCAGAUAACUUUGUCAAGCUACUCCCUUCAGAUUUUGAAAAAGAGAGACCGAAGAAACCACCACCUCCAUCAGCUCCUGUCAUCAAACAAGGAUCAGGGACCACAGAUCGAAAGCUUGAAAUCAAGAAGAUACCACCCGAAAGGCCAGAAUGUCUUCCUAAUCGAACAGAAGAAAAAGAAAGAUCAGAGAGAGAGCAAAAACAGUUAGACUUGCAGAAGCCUUCAGUUCCUGCUAUACCUCCGAAGAAACCUCGGCCCCCCAAAGCCAACGCUGUGAGCCGACCUGGCACCUUGCCCCCGAGACGACCAGAAAGACCAGUUGUGCCUGUGACUCAUGCAAGGAGUGAUAGUCCAAAAGUGGAAUUAGUGGGCAGUACAGUAUCCGGCACUCUAGAGAAAGACUCCUCUGAAAGAAGCAAUGACAUCGACUUGGAAGGUUUUGAUUCUGUAAUACCAAUUGCUGAGAAGCUUAAUCAUCCAACUACAACCAGACCAAAAGCUACUGGCAGGCGACCACCCUCCCAGUCUCUCACAUCUUCAUCCCUUUCAAGCCCUGAUUUCUUUGACUCACCAAGUCCUGAAGAUGAGAAGGAAGAACAUGUUUCCAUUACUCACAAAACUCUUGAAGUGUCAAGGAAAUCAAGAACUGUUACAAUAUCACAAGUGUCUGAUAACAAAACUUCCUUGCCUCCAAAACCAGGAGGUCUGGCUAGUGGCACUAAUGUACAACCAUCACUAUCCCCUUCACCAUCACCUGGAUUUCACUCAAUUGCUAUGGGAACAACAGGCCACAGGUCAAAUUCCCCAUCCCUGUUUGGUACUGAAGGAAAGCCAAAGACUGAGCACUUGAGCCAAGGUCAGACUGCCCUGGAAGAGCUGAGAACACAAAUUAGGGAGCUAAGAACCAUCAUUGAAACCAUGAAAGACCAGCAAAAAAAAGAGAUUAAACAGUUGCUCUCUGAGUUGGAUGAAGAAAAGAAGAUCCGUCUACGGUUGCAGAUGGAAGUUAAUGACAUAAAGAAAGCUCUUCAAUCAAAGUGAAUACUUGAUAGAUGGAAUGUUGCAUUAUUCUUCAUGACUGAGACUCAAAUUUAUGCCCCAGCCAAAAUAACUUUGUGCCAAAUGAUUUAAGAAUUGCCUCAACAUCCCUUUAUUUGAAGGAUUAGCACAACAGUUUUUGAUAGCACAACAAAAAUACCAACAAGAACAAAAUUUCUACCCAAAGCCGUGCUGUGCGGCGCUAGUUGUGACUGAAAUUGAUCUUCUUGUGCUAAAGGCUCUCUACUUCAAGAUCCUAGGUGAAAUGAAAACUCAGGCAGUUUAGUCCAUAGUGGUACUAUUUUGAUGAUAUUUUUCCAUAAAUAAAGUGUAUUUCAGAUUAUCUGUUUACAAGCUUUAUGAUUUUGACUUUCGGUUUUUAAUUGUCUUUUGUCACAGAUUUUAAGAUGUUUGUACUUCAUAUAGCCAGGAAUGAAUGUUAAUGUUGGGGCUGAAGGGAUUAUUUUUGCUUUGAGAUUGAACAGCCUACUUUUCGUUAUGGUUUUAAGUUCUGUUAAAUAUGCAAUUUUUUGUCCCCAGAUCCCCUACAACUUAAACUUACAUUGUGUACAGUAAUGCAUUUACAAGAAGGAAACAAACCAACAGAAGUCUGGUCUUUGCAAUGA